GAAAACAAUUUCUAUAACCUUGGCUUUGAUUUGGAUUUGAUGCCAUGGGACUCAGAUCCUUGGGGGAUCACAAAUCAAUCUUGUGCAGAUAAAUAUAUCAAGACAGAGGCUCAACCACUUUCUCCAGCUUCCUCAAACUGUUCAGUCUCUUCUCCUCAAUCAGUGGAUUCUUAUUCUUCAACACAGCAUGUUCCUGAAGAAUUGGAUUUAUCAUCUAGUUCCCAGUUGUCUCCCCUCUCUUUAUACACUGAAACCUCUCACAGUCCUUCCUCAUCGGAGUUACUAAAGGAAGACAAGCCCAUCAUUGGUGCUACAAAUAAGACUGUAAAUGGACUGACUCCAAAAAAACAAAGUCACAUCACUUCAAAGCCUUCAAUUCAGCCCAAGCCCUUACUUCUGCCAGCAGUACCCAAGAGUCAAGCCAACUCGAGCAUUCCAACAAAAGCUAUCAUCAUUCAGACACUACCAACACUUUUGCCCUUGACAAAACAGCAGCCUGUUAUUCACAUUCAACCUGCACCUACUAAAG